AUGGCUGAAUUCUCCUCUCUUGGGCUUCUCUUCCUGUGUCAGCUCUUGGCCACCACCUCAGCUCAGAGGAUAGGACCACAAGGCCCUCCUGGACCUCGAGGACCCCCUGGCCCAUCUGGCAAGGAUGGCAUAGAUGGAGAGCCAGGCCCUCCUGGUUUGCCAGGCCCAUCAGGGCCAAAAGGUGCACCAGGGAAGCCUGGGGCAGCUGGUGAAGCUGGACUGCCUGGCCUUCCUGGAGUGGAUGGUUUAACAGGAACAGAUGGCCCACCUGGCCCAAAUGGGCCUCCAGGAGACCGUGGUGCAUUAGGACCUGCCGGGCCGCCUGGACCAGCUGGCAAAGGACUACCAGGACCUCCAGGACCUCCAGGACCCAGUGGGCUCCCAGGUGGAAAUGGAUUUCAGGGUCCUCCUGGACCUUUUGGUCUGCCAGGAUUCCCAGGGCCUCCUGGACCACCUGGACCUCCUGGGCUUCCAGGCACCCUUCCUGAUGCUGGUGGGGACCUUCAGUGCCCAGCUCUGUGCCCACCAGGUCCUCCAGGUCCCCCAGGAAUGCCAGGCUUCAAGGGACACACUGGUCACAAAGGAGAACCUGGUGAAAUAGGCAAAGAAGGAGAGAAGGGCAGCCCUGGCCCUCCUGGUCCUCCUGGCAUUCCAGGCAGCGUUGGCCUCCAGGGCCCAAGAGGACUACGAGGCCUCCCUGGGCCGAUGGGUCCAGCUGGUGACAGAGGUGACAUUGGUUUCCGAGGGCCACCUGGAAUCCCAGGACCUCCAGGGAAAGCUGGAGACCAAGGAAACAAAGGACCUCAAGGAUUCAGGGGGCCCAAAGGUGACACUGGCAGACCUGGACCAAAAGGAAACCCAGGGGCUCGUGGACUCAUAGGAGAACCUGGCAUGCCUGGCAAGGAUGGGAGGGAUGGAGCUCCUGGACUCGAUGGUGAGAAGGGUGAUGCAGCUCGCGUGGGUGCUCCUGGAGAGAAGGGACCCAACGGACUGCCCGGCCUGCCUGGAAGAGCAGGUAUUAAAGGCUCAAAGGGUGAACCAGGCAGUCCUGGGGAGAUGGGAGAGGCAGGACCCUCUGGAGAGCCAGGCAUCCCUGGCGAUGUGGGUGUUCCUGGGGAGAGAGGUCUGCCAGGACCCAGAGGAGCAACUGGACCACUUGGUCUUCAAGGCCCAAUAGGAGCCCCUGGUGUCAGAGGUUUCCAGGGUGCCAAAGGUGCCAGCGGUGAACCCGGCCUUCCCGGCCCAACUGGAAUCCGUGGAGAGUUGGGUGACAGGGGUCCUACUGGUGUUCCUGGUCCCAAAGGUAACCAGGGCAUUGCUGGAGCAGAUGGCCUCCCAGGGGACAAAGGAGAACUGGGUCCCUUUGGUCCCCCUGGCCAAAAAGGAGAGCCAGGAAAAAGAGGAAAACUCGGUCCCAAAGGUGCCCAAGGACCCAAUGGGACAGCUGGAGUACCAGGGAUCCCAGGGCAUCCAGGGCCCAUGGGCCAUCAGGGGGAACGAGGUAUCCCUGGCAUCACGGGGAAACCGGGGCCUCCGGGCAAAGAGGCCAGUGAGCAACACAUAAGAGAACUCUGUGGGGAAAUGAUAAAUGAUCAGAUUGCACAGCUGGCUGCUAACCUGAGGAAGCCCUUGUCUCCAGGAAUGACGGGUCGGCCCGGCCCAGCUGGACCCCCAGGUCCUCCUGGAGCCCCGGGAAGCAUCGGGCAUCCUGGGCCUCGUGGUCCCCCUGGCUACAGAGGGCCAACAGGAGACCUUGGUGAUCCUGGUCCCAGAGGUGACACUGGUGAAAAGGGAGAUAAAGGACCUGUCGGUCAAGGUAUUGAUGGGCCUGAUGGUGAUCAAGGACUUCAAGGACCCCCUGGUGUACCUGGAAUUACUAAAAACGGUCGUGAUGGGGCUCAGGGUGAACCGGGGCUCCCCGGGGAUCCUGGCAGCCCCGGCACUAUCGGGGCGCAGGGAACGCCGGGGAUCUGCGACACGUCGGCUUGUAUGGGAGCUGUUGGAGCAGCAACGUCCAAAAAGUCAUAAAAGAGCAGUACAACAAGUGGAGAAGUGAC